AUGGGCUCUGGAACUCCAUACACGGUCAAAUGGGGCAUCAUGGCCACGGGCGGCAUCGCAGAGACCUUCUGCAAAGACCUCCUCACCGACCCGGCCACCCGCUCCGUGCACGACAUCAAGCACCAAAUCGUCGCCGUGUCGUCCUCCAGCUCGGCAGACCGCGCCGCCAACUUCAUCAAGAAGAUCGACGGCCCGUCUACGGCCAAGGCAUACGGCUCCUAUGCCGAGCUCGUGGCUGAUGCCAACGUCGACAUCGUCUACGUCGCCACCCCGCAUAGCCACCACUUCCAGAAUGCCAUGCUGGCGCUGGAAGCCGGCAAGAACGUGCUCUGCGAGAAGGCGCUGACCGUGACGGCGAGCCAGGCCAGGAAGCUGGUCGCCAAGGCCAAGGAGAAGAAGGUGUUCUUCAUGGAGGCCGUCUGGACGAGAUACUUCCCGCUGAGCAUCAAGAUCCGCGAGAUGAUUAGCAGUGGGGAAAUUGGCACCGUCUACAGGACGCUGGCCGACCUCUCGUUCAACGAAAACACGCCGCAGACAGACGGCAUCGUCAGCUUCCCCGACACGCACCGCAUGGUCAACAAGGACCUCGCGGGCGGCGCGCUCCUCGACCUCGGCGUCUACCCACUCACCUGGGUCUUCCAGACGCUCUACCACGUCCAGCCGUCGGCGACCAAGGAGGCGCCGCGCGUGCUCGCGGCGAUGAACCAGUACCGCACGGGGGCCGACGAAAACACCAGCAUCAUCUGCCACUUCCCGGGCACUAGGGCCAUGGGCGUGGCGACGACGUCCAUGCUCGUCGGCACCAGCCCGCACGGCGACGCGACGGCGGCACCCGCCAUCCGCAUCCAGGGGUCCAAGGGCGAAAUCCAAGUGCCGCACCCUGCGUACCGCCCGCUCUCCUACAGCGUCAUCAAGAAGGACGGCGACGGCACCGUCAAGGUGGUCGAGUGCCCGAUCCCCACGGACCCGGCGCGCGGCAACUGGGGCCACGGCAUGUUCUGGGAGGCAGACGAGUGCGCACGGUGCCUGCGCGACGGCAAGCAGCAGAGCGCCACGAUGCCAUGGGACGAGAGCAUCGUCAUCAUGCAGACCAUGGAGGACGCCCUCCGGCAAGGCGGCGUCGCCUACCCCGACCUGAUAACCACGGAUGUCUUUGACGAAAAGAGUCCACUGAACACGGGAAACAAAUAA